GCCGCCGUGGCCUCCGAGGCCCGUGGGUCAAGACUUCCAGCAAUGGCUGCCGCCGGUCCCCCGGAGGUGGUUCGCGCCGCCCAGAAGGACGACUAUUACCGCGGCGGGCUGCGGAGCGCGGCCGGCGGCACCCUGCACAGCCUGGCGGGUGCAAGGAAGUGGCUGGAGUGGAGGAAAGAGACUGAGCUGCUCUCCGACCUAGCCUACUUUAGCCUCACCACGCUGGCAGGCUACCAGACCCUUGGGGAGGAGUAUGUCGGCCUAGUCCAGGUGGACCCAUCCCGGCGCCAGGUACCCUCCUGGCUCCGCCGCAGCGCACUCAUCGUUCUGCACACAGUCCUGCCCUACGUACUGGACAAGGUGCUGCUCCACCUGGAGCACGAGCUGCAGGCCAACGGUGGCACAGGGCUUGGUGCGCAUGGCCGGGCGGGUAUGCGGCUCUGGGUGCACCGGCACACCGCCUGCCUGAGUGAGCAGCAGCGGAGGGCACUCCUGCAGGCACUGCACGUCUUCUCAAGGGGCCUCACUUGCCUGCGGAGGCUCCAUGUCGCCUGGUUCUACAUCAGCGGUGCCUUCUACCACCUCGCCAAAAGGCUCACGGGCAUCACUUACGGUCCUUACAGGCCACCUGCCUUGUGCAGCUCCGUACCCGCCACCCACCCAGAGAGGAGCUCAAGGCUCGCACUACCUACAAGCUGCUGGGGGCCAUCUCCCUGCUGCAUCUGGUGCUCUCCAUUGGGGUCCAGCUGUACAGCUUCAGGCAGAGGCAGCGGGCAAGGAAGGAGUGGAAGCUGCACCGCCACCUGUCCUACCGCAGGAGCCAUGUGGAGGAGCGGGCCACCCCCAGAAGCCCCCUGUGCACGCUGUGCCUGGAGGAGCGUCGGCAUGCGACAGCCACACCCUGUGGGCACCUCUUCUGCUGGGAGUGCAUCACCGAGUGGUGUAACACCAAGACGGAGUGCCCCCUCUGUAGGGAGAAGUUCCCGCCCCAGAAGCUGGUUUACCUACGGCACUACCGCUAGUCCCGUGAGCCCAGCGAGGGCCGGAAGCACCCGGAAGGAACUGUGAUGUCUUCAGUGUGAGGAGAGAAAAACAUAUUCUGGAGAUCAACUUUACUCACACAGAAAUGAUAAAAUCCUAACUUUACACUUUUUGUCACACAAGACCUGGCAGCAGAACUCACAUACAGGGAAAAGGUGACGCUGGCUGGAGGCUGCAGACCAGGUGUUCAGGGCUGGUGUUAGGCAGACAGGCUCUGCUCACUAGAUCCAGCAGAGCCAGGGGCUGACAGCAUGAGAAUCCAGCAAGGGGGGAAUCAGAGGGCACCUCUCCAGGCCAUGUGGUACAAUUUAAACAGUUAGUUCUUCAGGAAUCUCACCUAAUUGGACGUUUUAGGUUUCCUUUCCUUCCUCAAACUCAUCAAGAGCUAACUUCAGAAAACAGGGCAGAACAAAAGCGUAUUCACUUAUGAGACAAUUCCAGUAUCAGGCUCACUAUUGGUGGCUGUGAACUGUUUAAGUGCUCAGAAGGUAGUGUCUGCUUUAGACAGCGUGUGGGUAGAUCGACCCCAAAUCAGUGUCCUCCAGACCAGCCAGGCACCUGGACAGGCUGGGCGUCAGGAGCCCAUGUGUGGCCAAGCAUGAGAAGGAAAGCAGGGGUCCAAGUGCCUCUCCACAUGCAGCGCUGGCACCCACCUCACUACAUGCCAGCAGACAGGUGGCUGGACGUAACACGGAGGCUCCUUCCACACAGUAUCGUGCGGCCUCACAGCGCUGAGCCCUCGACAGGACAGAGCGCCUACUCAGGGCUGGCCCAGCAGACUUGAGGGAGGUUUUUGUUCUCUUACUGACCAACUAACCACCACCACCACCCUCUCCCUUGGAGGCUCUGAGGACUGGGGAGAGGGUGCCUCAUGAACCAGUGUUCUCAAGAGGCCCAGGGGAGCAGGGCAGCUCCUUCCCCAGGUGUCUCCGUGGCAAACCAGCACCUCUUGACCCCCAAAUAUAUGCUGUUCUUUUUUUUUUUUU